AUGGCGGAUACCAAACCGCAAUGCCGCCGUCUUACUACACAACAACAAUAUACGCAACAACCCGAGGGCUACUACACCGAAGUCCCCAAGUGCUACACCGAAAAGACUGAAUAUUACACGACCACGUACGCUGCGCCAGGUUACUACAUCGAGGAACCCAAGUAUUACUCUGCUCCAAGCUACUACCAAACAGAGGCUCCUGUUUACUACACCAAGGUCCCCGAGUAUUACACUACAACCUAUGCUGCCCCCAGCUACUACACCGAGGCCGCCAAGUACUACACUACCAUGGCACCUGAGUAUUAUACCACUACUUACGCCGCUCCGACCUACUACACCGAAGCUCAAAAGUAUUACUCUACCCCCAGUUACUACACCAAUAAGGCACCUCAAUAUUACACCUCAACCUACGCUUCUCCAACUUACUACAGGGACGCUCCUAAAUACUAG